CUUUGGUUGAUUUGAUUUGGUUUGGUUCUAUUUGCCUUUCUCUUUCAGCUUGAUCCUCUUUUCAUCUUCAAUUUCACCUUUGUCUUCUCCUCUCUUUCUCUCUCUCUCUACACGCCUGCACGCCUACACGCUUACACUCCUAUUCAUCUUUCUAGGCGUCCUUUUGCUGUACUACGGUCCUGCGCCAAUGUCUUGUCCCUAAGCAAACUCUUUGAAUUGCACCCUCCCCCGGUCAAUCCUUUGCCCUGCAUUGUCGCACAAGCAUUGUCAAAUCGAAUUCCGCCAUAAUAUACUCCUGUGUAUAUAUAUAUAUCGUCACCAACAAUGGGCGCUACAGAUCCCGAGGACAAAGGCGAAAGCCAGAUCCAGAUGUCUUCGCCGGACCUCCCUCCACUGACGACUACGACGGAGCGCAAGCUCAUGGCAAAGGUCGACUGGCAUGUUGUUCCGUGUUUAUGUGUGAUGUACCUGUUGGCGUUUUUGGAUCGUGUCAAUAUCAGUAAUGCGGCGGUUCUCGGACUCAAGGAAGACCUGGGUAUCUUACAUGGGACCAAAUACAACACCGCGUUGACCAUUUUCUUCGUUCCGUAUAUUAUUUUCGAGAUUCCGUCCAAUCUCCUGCUCAAGAAAUUGAAACCGCAUGUUUGGUUAUCGCUAUGUAUGUUUGGUUUUGGCAUCGUUAUGCUUUGCCAGGGUUUUGUGCAGAAUUGGGGUGGUCUGAUGACUACUCGCUGGUUCCUGGGAAUGUUCGAAACCGGCCUCUUCCCCGGAUGCUUCUAUCUGAUGGGGAUGUGGUAUAAGCGCAGCGAAGCUCAAAAGCGAUUCAGCUUUUUCUUCAGCUCCACGACUCUGGCUGGUGCGUUUGGUGGUGUUCUCGCGGCUGGAAUUGGAGAGAUGGACGGGAUCCGUGGGAUCGCGGGUUGGCGGUGGGUUUUCAUCAUUGAGGGUAUUCUCACGGCUGUCGUUGGGUUGGUUUGCUUCUUUGUCGUCCCUGGUUUCCCGGAAGAGGUCAAGUGGCUCAACGAAGAGGAGCGGGAGUUCCUUCGUGCGAAGCUGGCUCAGGAUGUUGGAAAGGCCAACCAUGACGCAAAAUUGGGCUGGCGCGAUGUCUUGGAUGUAUUCAAGGACUACAAGAUAAUCAUUGGCGGUUGGAUGUACUUUGGUCAGGUUGUCACAGCCUACGGAUAUGCGUACUUUGCGCCAACUAUUAUCCAGACCUAUGGUUAUAGCAGUAUCAAAACGAAUUUGUACUCAAUUCCACCAUGGGCAGUCGCAUUCGUCUUUUCUAUGAUAGUCGCAUAUCUCUCCGAUAAGGUGAAGCAUCGGUAUGCUUUCACGGUAGUUCCGAUGCUCAUUGCAAUCGCAGGAUAUGGCAUUCUGCUGAAUAUCCAUGGGCAAGAUCAAAAGAAUACCCAGUAUGGCGCUCUCUUCUUGGUCACCAGUGGUUGUUACAGCGCAAUGCCAGUCAUUGUGUGUUGGUUCACAAUGAAUCUGGGAGGGCAUCGACGACGUGGUAUAGGAUCUGCAUGGCAGAUUGGGUUUGGAAACAUCGGCGGAAUUAUAUCCACCUACUCUUUCUUGGAGAAAGAUGCCCCCCUCUACCGACCAGGGUAUAUCAUCAGUUUAUCCUUCCUUUGCUUCUCUGCUGCCCUCUGCACGUGUUACUUUGCCGCCUGCUGGUGGGAUAAUCGCAGGCGUGACCGUGCCCUGGCAAAUGGCACCGCACCUGUGCCAACCGAGGAAGAAGUGGCUUACAUGGGCGAUAUGGCGCCCAACUACCGCUACCUCUACUAACGGAUAUCAUGAUAUCGUGGUUUCUCUUUUAUCUUAUCUCUUUUCCUUUAUU